CGGGCCGCAGAACUUGGGAACAACGCAUUCUUACCUGGGUAAGGAACUCCGCGUAUCCAGGACACUGCAGGAACUGAAGAGCAACAGCAAUGAAGGCUUCAACGCAGUCACUAACACUGUGGGGCAAAAGGGCCCCUCGUCACACCAUCACUGCCAUAAUGCUGACGGAGGACCAGCAGACCAUUGUCACAGGCAGUCAGGAGGGGCCGAUUUGUCUCUGGACCCUUUCCAUGGAUUUGCAGAUAUCCCCAAGAGCUCUCCUGAUUGGCCACACAGAAGCUGUGACAUGCGUGGCGAAGGCGAGGGAUUUCGAGAAGAAGCCUUAUGUAGUCAGUGCCACCAUCAACGGGGAGAUGAGCCUUUGGGAUGUCAGGAGUGGCGAGUGUGUCGAAGCUACGAAAAGGCCCUACACCCACAGGACCAUCUGCUACUACUACUCAUCUUCUCGAAUGGUGGAAGAAGGCUGGCUGCUGUGCUGUGGAGAAUAUCCCGACGUCUUGGUGGUGGACGCCCAGACUCUCGACAUUCUUUACAAGCUAAUCUCCACCGAUGCCUCCAACUGGAUCAGCUCCAUGUGCAUCGUCCGCUCCCCCAGAAUUCAUGAGGAUUCUUUGAUUGGAAUUUCCACCAGUGGUGUUUUGAAAGUCUGGGAGCUGUCUUCCUCCAUCUACAGUGUCUAUGAAAAGGGCACUGCCCAUGAAACAGAAUCCCGGGAUCUCCAGUGCUUGCAAUGCCAAUCCAUUCGCUUUUGCACUUACACAGAGCGGCUGCUGUUGAUUGUCUGCUCAGACUUUUGGAAGGUGUUUGAUUAUUGCGAUUUCUCCUUGGUCUGUGAUGUGCCGAGUGAACCUGGCCGUCGCUUUGCCGGUGGGGAGCCGCUUCCUGCUAACAGACUCAUCGUGUGGACGGAGGAUGGACACAGCUACAUCUACCAGCUGUCUGACAGGGGUCUUCACAGAGGUGUUUCCAGCUCUCUACAAAGAACUUCUGCUAACGAGAUGUUUUCACCUGAUAUGCUGUGCUUUACAUCCAACAAUAAGGUCCAUCAAGGUGUAAUGGGCUUUCUAAGUGAAAGAAAGGAACCCUUCUAUAAGAUUUUAUUCUUUGGUGAUGAAUCCGGAACAAUCACCCUGUGGCAUAUCCCUGAUGUGCCUGUGUCAAAGCCGGAUGGCUCUCCAGAAGAGACGAGCAUUGCUUCAUCUUGUAGUCUCGAUGUUUCAUUUAAAAAGUUUCAAGUUGCAAGCAUCUGUGGUCACGUUAGUAUCCCAGCAGAAGGAAAGAAGACGCCCGCCAUCACCGCCAGCCUUUAUCUUCCCAAUCACCAUCUGCUGGUGUGCGGAUUCGAAGAUGGAAAAAUAAUGAGAACACAUGUGUUACAAGCUGCUAGAGUCACCCUGCUUGAAGACCAGCAGAAAGACAGACUCCCUCAAAAGACAUUUCAGGGCCAUGCUGGAAGUGUCACUUGCCUUCUGUACCCGCAUAGUUACUCUGACAGUUUUGAAUCAAGCUGGCUGAUAUCAGGAGGACAGGAUUCAUGUGUAAUCCAGUGGGAUGUGCUCACCAGUACAGUCCUGCACCGAUUCACCCUGCAGGCUGGGCCUUUGCUGACCCUGAGUGUGCCUCCUGCAGAAUGCAGUCCCAAAGUACAUAAGAGCAUUUGCUGCUUAGCCAGUGAUCAGUCGAUAGCCCUGUUAAAUCUCCCAGAACAGACGUGCAUCAUGCAUGCCAGGAAGCAUCUCUUUCCUGUGAAGACAAUUAAAUGGCGCCCUGUUGAAGACUUCCUUGUGGUUGAAUGUGAAGAUGGCUCAGUAUAUGUCUGGGAGGCUGAGACGGGUGCUCUCGAUCGUCAUGAGACUGGCGAUCUGGCUAAGGCCAUUCUGUGGGCCUGCGACGACUCCCGAGCGGGAACAAAGCCGGGCACACCUGCAGGAGUGAAACCCCAGAAUGGGGCGAAGAGGGUGGGCUCCAGCCCACCGGCCAGCCCCACGGAGACCGCGGAAAUGCACAGUCACCUUGCAAUUCACGAACCUGUCUUCCAUCCAUUCUCAGUACAGUCACUGGACACCCCCUGUAAGGAUAUUCACAUUUUACAAUUUGAUGUAGAAGAAAUUUUGGAACUGAUAGGUGCUCAGCCAGAGCAGGAGCAAGACCUUAUCAGUUCUCUUAAUGCCCCUGCAAGCAUCAAAAGAGUUAAAAGCACUCAAAGAAAGCGAUCAAUCUUGAAAAAGAAUAAAACCUCCUCAACUCUUUUGCCAGUAAAUGGGCCGCUGAAAGACUUUGUUCGAGAUCAUCUCUUCCAAAAUGAAAAUAAUAGUUGCUUGGAGGAAGGAACUGCUAUAAGGAAGAAAUCGAAAUCAAAGCGUUCCAAGAAAAGCCGAAAGCAGAGUAAAAAGAGAUGCGAUGAGAAUGUGACACGAGAUCUAGCCCAACUACUUCUGUCCUGCCUCUUUCCAUGGGAGGUACUUCAAGAAUGUGAUGAAUUUUGUUUGGACACGUUGGGCAUUUCUAAGCCUCAAUUUUUGCCUUCUUUUGCAUUAGUCUCCAAAGCUGGCUACAUGUCAUUGAUCCUACCAGGUUCCUACACGGAGAUGGAAAGCAACGUAGAAGGCAAUGGAUACCAUUAUCUCAUUUCCCAUAAAGUUGCAGAUUUGGCAAAGCAUUAUGCAAAUAGCAAUACCGAAGAAAUUUCCUUUAUUGAAAGCACAGGUGACCUGAAAAUGGCUAGCCUUCAAAAGAAAAUCAUCACAUACUUGCUUUCCAUUGUGAUGCUAGUCAGCAGUCUUAUGAAACUGCAUUUUCCAGAGAGAAGAAACAAACAAGCAAGACAGACAAGAGAAGUUUGGUUUAGAACCAUUCAAAAGGAGGAGCAAGGAAGUUUCCUAUCCAUCAAAUGCUGAAAUUCAUCCUUACGCACUUCCAGCAGUCCAGUUGCCCAUAAAGGAAAGUGAAUCCUUGAAGAGAUUAACUCAGAGCUGGCAGCAACAGUCAGUCCAGAUACCCUUCCCUUCAUGGAGCAGGCAGCAUUUCCUGAAGAGAUCCACACUCUGUCCACCACUGAAGAUAAUUGUAAUGGGAAAC